CUUCACACCUCUAGUUCUACAUGCCAGGGACUGUGACUCCGGCGUCCCUACCUAAACUCUGGGAGAUGAAAACAGAAGCCAGAGGAGAGGCUCAAAUCUGAGUCCCAGGGAUUCUGCCUGCACCUCACCAGUCAGACCAGCCUGGCAGGUUCAGAUUCUGCUGAGGCACUAGUAAGGAGGUGGCCAGGCCGGAAGCCUCUGUCUCCGUGGAGCGGCUGAGACCCCGAUGUAGCUGAAGGUCUCGGGGAGCAGACAGCACAAGCGCCUCCAGAGGCCUCUCAGGAGUGCCGAGAACACGGGCUCUGGGCACCAGGCUUGCUUCUGCAGACCUAGUUCACACUCUGUCUUUGCUCACAGGCCCAGCCAUACUCUCACCUUGUCUCCUCCUCCGAGAAGCCUUUGCUGAAUUGAGGCGUCUGGUCAUCUGCUCUGACUGUGCUACAUUGCUAUGUUAACUUCCCCUCGUUGUAAGAAUUGAUUUGCGGUCUGUGGCCCCUGAAGUGACCUCAAGGUCAAGGCUGUAUCAGUUUGUUUCCAAGCACCUCAAAUAAUGUUUGACAAAUAAUUGGAAACCCGUGAAUACAGACAGUGGAAACUAUUCCUCCACCCUGGAAUAUUUCUUCUCUCUUCUCCACCCAUCUAAAUGGGCCCACCCUUCAAGAAGCAGCCGAAAUUCUGCCUCACUCUGGAAGCUUUCUCCAGCCUGCAGUGAUUGCUUCAUCAUCUGUAGGAUGAUAGAAUUCAAAAUGGCGUUAGCAAGGAUGAGCUGACGUGAGUCAACAGAAAAGGAAGGAAUGUAAAAUGCUACCUUAGAAGUGUUUGGGAUGGGGGACCCUGGCAUCACGACUGUUUAUAUGAAAAAGAUACAGUGGUUUUAGAUUUCUUCAAUUUCAGUAUAAGCACCCUGCUUGACCUGUAUUUACAGAGGUGUAAUGCCCACAUCCCAUGGAGUUUGUGUCGGUUGUAGGCAUUGAGGACUGAGUGGGUCCUGAAUAGUAGAGAGUGUCCCAAGAGCAAGUCACAAGGGCAGAGGCUAGGAAGCUGAGGGUCUUUAUCCUGGAGAAGCAAUACACAGAGAGCUCCAUUCAAGCACUCAGAGCUCUGCCUACUAGAAAAAUAAACUUGUCCUGUGUAAUUCCAGGAGGUACAAGCAGGACCGAUUGAUAGAAAUUAUGUGUGACCCAAAAAUUUUAACCGCAAAGAUCACACAUGUUGUUAGGGUUUCUUUAAGAGGUUGUGGAGGUGUUGAAGCAAAGCCUGAUUAACUAUGUCCCAGGGAUGCCAUAGCACAGGUCUCUCCAUUUAGAGGGAACCUAUAUGCCGUGUCUAAGUCAUAAAAAGAAUUCUAGGAAUUUUUUUACUCGAGGAGAUUCUCUGCAUCUAUUGUUUCCAAUAUGCCCUUGUUCUGCAGAUUAGAGAGUCUGGUCUCCUUAAUGAUCUUUUUAAGUGUUUAUGACUUAGCUCCCCAGCUGGACUGUGAAGCUGCCUAACAACAGGGACUAUGUAUUGCACAUCUUUGUCACACAGCAGUGUAAAUGCUCAGUAAAUGCCCAUUGAUUGCCUGGCAUAAUACCCCAUGCUUUGGGCCUUUCCACAGAGAGAGAAGAGACUGGGAGAGGGGUGAAGAAUGACUGUCAGCCUUAGGAAACACAAAUUGGGUCCCUUCCCUGCCCAUCUUUUCUUGUCUCUCCCUCUUCAGACAUCUGCAUGUGGGUUGGCCUCUCCUACCUCCUUACCAAGCCCUUUGUGGAAGUGUGCAAAUGACAUAAUACAAGGACCAGUCACCCAGAAUUGCAGGAAUGUGCUCCCUGCCCAUGGCAAGAUACUACACAAUUAAGGAUGCAGAUCAGAAGGCUCUAUACUUAAGAGGUGACCAGCUCCUGGUAGGAGAUCCCAGUGCGGACGACUGCUGUGCAGAGAAGAUCUGCAUACUUCCCAACAGAGGCCUGGACCGCACCAAAGUCCCCAUCUUCCUGGGACUCCAGGGAGGCAGUCGCUGCCUGGCCUGUGUGGAGACAGAAGAGGGGCCUUCCCUGCAGCUGGAGGAUGUGAACAUCGAGGACCUGUACAAGGGUGGUGAGCAGGCCACACGCUUCACCUUCUUCCAGAGAAGCCUGGGCUCAGCCUUCAGGCUUGAGGCUGCUGCCUGGCCUGGCUGGUUCCUCUGUGGCCCAGCUGAGCCCCAGCAACCAGUACGACUUGCCAAGGAAAGUGAGCCAUUGGCCUGCACUGAGUUCUACUUUGAACAGAGUCGGUAGCGAGGCAGGAGGCCGAGUUCCAGGCUGGUGCCCCCAAACCAAGCUCAUCCUGCUGAAGGCGUCAUCCUGCUGAUAGGCAGAAUAAUGCCCCCCUAAAGAUGUCCACGUCCUAAUCCCCAGACUCUGUGAAUAUGUUACCUCCAAGGCAAAAGUGACUUUGCAAAUGUGAUUAAGGUAAGGAUCUUGAGAUGGGAAGACUCCCACAAGGGUCCUCGUAAGAAUGAGGCAGGAGGGUGAGAGUCAGAGGCUGGAAGAUGCUAUGCUAUUAAUCGAAUUUCAAAUGUAGCAGACAGGGCUAUCGGCCAGCGAAUGCAGGUGGGUCCAGAAGCUGGAAAGGGCAAGGGAAGGAUUCUCUCCUAGAGCUUCCAGGAGAAACACAGCUCGGCUGACAGUUGAAUUUUAGUCCAGUGAAACCCAUUUUAGACCUCUGACCUCCAGAACUGUAGAAUAAUAAAUUUGUGUUGUUUGAAGCCA